ACAGUGCAGCUUUGCAGAACACCCACCACGGAAGAAAGGCAGAACGAGAGCGCUGAAGUCUGACAAUGAGAUAAUGAAAGGAGGAGAACAUCGAGAAAGAAGACAUAGAGCUGCCGGGAGAAACUGAAGAAAACAAAGAUGGAGUUGUGGCGGCAGUGUGCGAUGUGGUUAAUCGACUGUCGAGUCCUUCCUGAGAACCACCGGGUCACAUGGGAGGGUGCACAGGUGUGUGACCUGGCUCAGGCUUUGAGAGAUGGCGUGCUGCUCUGCCAGUUGCUCAACAACCUGCUGCCUCAGGCUGUCAACCUGAGAGAGAUCAACCUGCGCCCACAGAUGUCCCAGUUCCUGUGCCUGAAGAAUAUCCGGACGUUUCUGGGAGUUUGUCAGGAUAGAUUUCACCUCAAAAAGAGUGAACUGUUCGAGGCCUUUGACCUGUUUGAUGUUCGAGACUUCGGAAAGGUCAUAGACACUUUGUCCAUCCUCUCUCAUACAUCCAUUGCUACUCAAGGAAGACUCCAGCCUUUUCCUUUGGGAGGAUGCACUCCUGAUGAUGAGAUCUACAGCGGCCUUUCUGACCAGAUAGAUGACACAGUGGACGAGGAUGACGACUUGUACGAUUUUGUGGAGGAUGAGGAAAAUGAAGGAGAUGAGAUCUAUGAAGACUUGAUGAGGACGGAUGAACAACCUGAAACUCAGCAGAAGACUGGGGUAGACAAACGAGAGUGCUGCCUGCAGGAGAUCAGACAGACAGAGGAGAAAUACACAGAUACACUGAUAUCUAUAUUACAGCACUUUAUGAAGCCUCUUCAAAAGUUUCUCCAGCCUCAAGACAUGGAGAGUAUCUUCAUCAACAUAGAGGAGUUGGCCACCACCCAUCGUAGUUUGUUAGAGGAGGUCCGGAGUUCAGUCCUAGAUUAUGGAGCCAAGAACCUGUACCAGGUGUUUCUCAACUACAAGGAGAGGCUCUUACUGUACGGACGUUACUGCAGUCAGGUGGAAACGGCGACAAAACACCUGGACAAGCUUUCGAAUACAAGGGAGGACAUCAGAAUGAAACUCGAGGAGUGUUCGAACAGAGCAAAUAGUGGACGUUUUUCUCUCAGAGAUUUACUCAUGGUUCCUAUGCAGAGAGUCCUCAAAUACCACCUGCUGUUACAGGAGCUGGUGAAGCACACCACUGACCCUACAGAGAAGGACAACCUCCGCACAGCUCUUGAUGCCAUGAGAGACUUAGCGCAGUGUGUGAAUGAGGUGAAGCGAGACAACGAGAUCAUCAGACAGAUCACCACCUUCCAGUUGUCCAUAGAAAACAUGACUCAGUCUCUCGCUUUCUACGGUCGACCAAAGAUCGACGGAGAGCUGAAGAUCUGCAGCCCGGAAAAAAAGUCCAAGCAAGACAGGUAUGCAUUCCUCUUCGAUAAGGCCAUGUUUGUCUGUAAGAAGAAGAGUGGAGAGACGUUCGAGCUAAAGGAGAUCAUUGAACUACAGCACUACCAGAUACGAGACGAAACCACAGGAGAGAAGGACAAUAAGAAGUGGUCCUAUUUGUUCCUUCUGCUGGACUGCUAUGGGAGGUGUGGAUACGAUUUAUUCUUCAAAACCAGAGAACUAAAGAAGAAAUGGCUGGAACAGUUUGAGAUGGCUCUGUCGAAUAUGUGUCCAGAUAACUCCACGGCAAACAACCACGAUUUCCAGAUGCACUGCUUCGAGGAAACCACCUCCUGCAAGGCCUGCUCGAUGCUGUUAAGAGGGAUAUUUUUUCAGGGUUAUCGCUGCACUCGCUGUAAAAUGGCUGCACAUAAAGAGUGUUUAGGCAGAGUCCCUGCAUGCGGCCGAAACUCAGAUCAUGCUGGUACUGCAAGGAAGAAUAAAACACAGAGGUCCUCCGGACAUUCCAGCGUUGGAUUCCCUAAGAUGGAGGUGUGUCAAGAGUAUUAUGGCUUGCCGCCGCCCCCUGUGGGCUUCGGCCAACCGCUUCACCUCUCCAAAGGUGACAUCGUUGAGCUGACCAGGGCAGAUGUUGACCUGCCAUGGUGGGAGGGAAGGAACCUGACUGCUGGUCAAAUGGGAUGGUUCCCCUGCCAAAAAGUUCAGCCCUACAUCUCUAGGCAGACCCCUGACCUGUCUGGCUUCAACUGGUUUGCAGGGAGCAUGGACAGAACCGCUGCCAAAAACCUGUUAAUGUCCCGGUCUGAUGGAACGUUCCUCGUGCGGCAGAAAGACGGAGGAGAGUUCGCUAUCAGCAUCAAGUUCAACAUGGACAUCAGACACAUUAAGAUCACGUCCACUGACGGCCUGUACCGCAUCAAUGAGAAGAAAGCAUUCAGGGGUUUAAUUGAGAUGAUUCAGUUUUACCAGCAGAACUCUUUGAAGGAAUACUUCAAGGAUGUGGACACCACGCUGUCUACGCCUUACAAACAACCAGAGCAAAGCAGCCUGCCUAACAACAUGCAGAACACCACACCAAACACAACACCAGGAGGCAGCUUGAGGAGUUUGGGCGUCGUGAGGGCCAGGUAUGACUUCUCAGCCAGGGACCGCUCAGAGCUGUCGCUGCGGGAAGGAGACACCAUCAAGAUCCUGAAGAAAGGUCAAAGUGGUUGGUGGAAAGGAGAGGUGUAUGGCCGGGUGGGGUUCUUUCCAGCCAACUAUGUGGAGGAGGACUACUCUGAUUACUGCUGACGUGGCUCCAAAGGAGAUGUGGAGACCCAAACUUCAUGCAUGGAGGUCUAUGCGAUACCUAGUUUCCAUCGAUUGCAUUAACCCAUAUGCACGUGUGUGGCUGUGUGCUUGUGAGAGAGAUGCUGUUUCUUGUGAUCUAAUGACUGUCUAGUAAUGUGAAUAAAACUUUUGUUCAGCUAA